AUGUUAAGUAGUAGGCCCGGUUCACCGGUCAGGUCGAGACACUGCUUCCGAAUCCAUGGAUUCCCAAUCCGUAGCUGCUGCGCUAUAGUUGAUCUCAGUCGCCUUGUCCUUGGCCCCCUCUUCCUGACUGCUACAAAGUGUAUUUUAUACACAGCAGGGGUUCUUUUUUUCUUUUAAUAGGAGUUCUAGGUAUGGGUUUAUAUGGUUCCCAUGAACCAACAUAAAAUUUGAGAGCAUCCCUCAGAUAUACAUAAAUAUACCGUACGUAAGAGGUGUUCUCAAUCGGCGAAGCCUCACUCUAUAACUCCGUAACUCCCUAACUCCAGGCCAAUGUAGCUUUCGGGGAAGGGGAUCAGAUAGACUAAACCGGGAGUGCAGUUCAAGCUAAAGUUCUGUUAAGGGCUUAUACCCUUUAAAAGUAUGACACGCAAAAGAUGUAAUGGGCCAGUUGGGGGGACGUCCAUAAAGAUGCAUAAGAAGAUAAUCAAAAUCAAAAUAAAGAAUAUGAAUCGGGUUGUCAUAACCUAGUUUAGUCUUCCGAGUCCUUUCAGGCUUACUGAAGACUAAGCCAACGCAAGCGCCUUAUUUCAAAACAUGGUUAAAGGAUCAAGCCGCAAGAUUCCAGGUCAACUUGACUUGGUACUGAUUCCGGGUAACCAUAGAAAAGGAAGGGACGGUGACGACUCAUUGAUAUCGGCUUGUCGUUGUCACGAAUUUCAUAUGCCGCAAGCUGAGACCGUCGACUUUGCUUUGUGGAUAUGACGCAUAUUAGCUUAGCUGCGCAUAUAACGAUGGAAUUAGCAUAAUGAUCGAAUGCCACUAGAAAGAAUUUCUCAAUAUGAGAGAGCCAUUACAAGUAGUAUAGAUCCCGAAUUACUUAAAUCCUUUUUAGAAAAAGGGGGGUUAACUAACGAAAGAAAGAUGGAACCAGAAGCUUCUUUAAAAGAAAGCGCUUUGCCUUACCUAUAA